UCAUCCCAGAUUGUGAUAUUUAUCGCCGACUUUGGAGUGACCGCAGCUUUUCGAUACGAUCAAAGCAAAAGCCCCGCCAGAUUUGAAUUUGGAAGCGUCUGUUCGCGCUGUGACAUUCAUAUCUCCCCGUGUUUUACCGUGAUCGUCCUUGGCGUGCGUUUUAACUUGAAAUCUCAACCUGUUCAGCUGAGUUCUGUUUAGUUUUGAUUUCCGAAAAUGCUCAAGUACAAGUACGUUGUUGUUGACUGGGAAUCGUGGGGAGUGGAGGCGCAGAGUUCCUCGAAGAUCAUCGCUUGUGAUCCCUUCAGUGUGAGAGAAGGAGAUGAAUGUUCACUGCAAGGAACGGAUCCGGCGACAAAGAGACCCAUGUUGUUUCAGGGGCAUGUUCUUGCAAUAUUUGGAUACAUUGGUCAAGUUAAUAGAGGAUGCUACCGAUGCAAAGUCAGCUGUGGAGGCACCAGCAAGGCAGCUGUUCUCAAGUGAGGAACUGCAGAAUUCAUCAGUUACUGGCUUACAGUGCAAUAAAGAUUAUGAAGCAAGACCAGGCCUGAGUCCAUCAAGGUGGAGCAUUUUAGAAAGUAUUGUGCUAAGGAAAGGAUUCACUGCAGCUACAAGGUCAUCUGUGAGAAAGAACCUUGGCCUGGUUCUAAAGAAGGCCAGAGCAAAUAAAGAAAACAAGGCCAAAUGCAGAGGACAAGAACAGAGAGAGCUAUGAGAAACAUUUA